AUGGCUCGUUCCCCGUCGUUUCAGGCAGCUCCAGCAGCUCAUGCCAUUCCGAGGUCACUCCUACAGGUACCUUCGGCGAACACGAUACCUCGAGACCAGCCCCAGGCCGUAGAUCCAUUCCCGAUGCCACCGACCGCUGGAACAUCGGGAACCUGGCUUACCGGGCCACAUGGGUUCGGUAUCUACGAAACCAUAUCCAGUGCCCGUACCCCGACCGGUCUCCCAAGCUUGGCCGAUCAACAUGAUCCCAUGUCUGGCUUCAGCUGCGGCCCAGGAACACCUACGCAACCGGGCCAGAAUCCAGAAGAGUACCCGCGUCAGACAUACCUGAGUCAGACCAGGAGCCAAGUCCCGUGGCAACCGUACUGUCACGACCAUGGACGGCCUCAGCAGCACGCAAGUUCGCGGUCUAGCUCAUCGGUCGUCGACGAGCCCGCCUUCAUGUCGCCCCAGAGCAGUGCCAUGGGGAACUUGGCUCCCCACGCCCAGUCGAUCGGCACCCCCCCGACACUCUACAGUAUCGUCACCGGCAACACCCCCGCUCAUCCCCCGUGGCCCUCUAGCCAGGCCAUGGACAGGACGCUCUCGUCGAACCAAGUCCGACCGGGCUGGGAACCUGGCGACGAGGGCCCCGGCAUCAUGGCACCCGCCCUCUCCGCCCUCGGGUCACCUAGACCUCCUGAGAUGAGCAGGAUGGCCUCCGAAGUCAGCAGGUCCAGCGGACUCUCCCUAGGCCUCGGCCUCCUGUUCGACCUAGAGGGUGACCUCGGCGUGUCGGGUGGUCAGGUGCCGCCCAACUCGGCCAUGACAGACAUCUUCGGGGAGGAAGAAGUCGAGCCCCCCCACCAAGGAAGCGGCAUCGCCGCCGCCGCCCCGCCCCAGCCCGAUGUGCAGACCCGGAGGGGGGGCAGGGGUCUGCGUGGUCCGAAGAGAAGGCUCUGCACCAUCUGCUCCCCCGCCGCCUUUUUCAGUGGCACCCACGAGCUCCAAAGGCACGUGCGUUCGAGACACGAGUCUCAACGUACCGUCUACAUCUGCUGCGAGCCCACCAGCUCCAGCUGCCUCACUCCCCUCGUGCCCCUGAAUAGAUGCCGCAGCUGCAGGAGCGGCAAGAAAUACAAUGCAAACUACAACGCCGCCGCGCAUCUGAGACGCAUCCACUUCAAUCCCAGGAUUCCCAACCGGUUCCCCCAGAAGAAUCAAGGGCGCGGUGGCAAGGCCGGUGGUGACCAGCCUCCUAUGACCGAGCUCCGCCUCUGGAUCAAAGAUGUUAAAGACACCAUUCCGAGUGCCGGCAAAACGGCCACGCCGCUGGAAGGGGACGAAGGCAACAUCAGCCCCGACGACGACGCCUCGGAUAACGGCGACGACGCCUCGGAUAACGGCGACGACGCCUCGGUUGCCGGCCAUGCCCAUGAAACCGCUCAGGGCAGCCGCCCCUGCCCUGCACCGAUGGACCGCCAUGCCUCGCACUCCCCCUUCCGGGGCUCUGCCCCUGCCGCCGACGGUGGAGCCCUGUUCGAUAUGUGGCUUCAGCAGCCGCACGGGACGGCACCGGCCUAUCAACAUACCCCGAUCGUCGACAUCGGCGGACCGGAGCCUUCUGCGCCUGUCUUCGACGACGGCCCUAGGUACGCUGGCAACUCGGCACCCGUGGUCAUGUCGCCCGUGCCCCACGAUGACGGCUCAUUAUUUAUCCCCAAAGAGUUGUAUUGGCCCGAGAUUUUUGAUCAGCACCAGGCCCUGGACAUGGACUUCCCUGACCAUUAUCUGGACCCGACAGACACUGACUGCGAUCCGUCAAUGUUCGACGGGCACUCUUCUUUUUUGAUAUGA